AUGGAAAUGUUAUCAACAGGUUAUAAUCGUAUGCGAAGAUCGACAGCUGGAAUUAAUAAACGUUAUGACGAACAAGAUUAUGUACUUGUUUCGUUUCCACAAUUGAACAAACAUAGUAUUGUACCAGCUGUAAGUAUCAAUGUUGAUCCUCUGGAUAAACAAAAUGGUAGUAUUAAAACAUUUGGAUCAAGAAAAAAUUUAAGAAUUAUUAGUAAUGGUCCAAAAGAAAUAUUAAAAGAGCGUGCAUCACGAUACGCUGCAUCAGCUGGUAGCGAAGAAGUUGAUCUUGUUCCUGAUGAACAAGAGAAUAAUGAAAAUCAAAAUGAUAGCGACGAUCGCUAUUCACCAUCCGUUAUGUAUCAAACAAGUAAAGAAAAUAGGAAGCAAGUUACAGCAAGUGAACAAACAAAAUCGCAAAUUGAAAUAAAUUCAUCAAAAGUUUAUGAUCAAACAACAACAGCGAAUGAUGAUUGUUUUGAAAGUACAACUUUUACAACAACAAGAACUCCAUUAAGUGCUCGUGAAUUAAACUUUGAUCGUGUUUAUUCACCAAAAACGGGAACAAAAAGAAAGCAUGAAGAUAAUCUUGAUGAAAGUUCAUUGAGUGGGAGUGACAUAGUAACAGAUGAAGAAAGCGACAAACAUUUGUAUGUUAUGAAAAAAAGUAAUGAACUGCGAUCAUUAUUGAAAAAACCUCGUUAUAAACGAAGAAAAAAGCAAGCUGUUGUACCAGUUAGCAAGGGUGAAGAAUCGUGUAGUGGUUGUAAACAGCUUGAUGAAGUAGUUCAACAAUUAACCAAAAGGGUCAAUAAGUUGGAAAAAAUGAUACCAGUAUUCAAGAAAUUUCGAUCAAAUGCACCAGUUACAUUAACAAAUCAAACAAAUCAAGCUGAAUUUACUAAUGAAACUUAUACAAAAAUCGAAGAAAUCACUGGUGUAAAUCCUAAUCAAAUUAAAGCUACACCAACACGUCCAACAAUGGUAAUGAGAGAGUUGAUAAAAAAAGGUGGUCAUAUUAAUGAUAAAAUAUAUUUAACAAAACAUGAAAACUUAUUUAAAGGUCAGUAUACAACUUUUAAAGUUUUCUACUACAGUUCAUUACAAUUUGUCGUUUUAGAAUUUAUACAAAUGAAAUGUAUGAUUCUUGAUGAUAAUUUAAAGGUUGUGUGGGAUGAGGUUGUUGGUUCACUUUCACGUCAGCACAUCGACGAAGAAAGUAACAAAAAAAAAAAGAUACAUACAGAAUUAUUAUCAACAUCAACAACUUCAUCAUCACAAUUGGCACACAAACCAACGAUCCCCACCGAACAAGGCACAACAACGUCAACGAAUAUUGUUGAAAAAGAAAUAACGACAGCAGUAUCAUCAGAACCAACUCAAUCGUGUGAAUGA